AUGAACUUCCCCCUUUUACAAAUUAAGCUUCAUAAUGGACAACUGAAGAAAAACUCUUUAAAUAUAUUUCUUAGUAACACCUUUUUUAAAAGAGGAAAACAUGACUGUAAAAGGAGUUGGAAUAAUAAUAGCACCCGUUUGCGUAGUAUAGAUUUAAGACGUGUAACAAGCAACCACAUCCCUUCAUCUUCAUGUUUUGUCGCCCUUCGCAAUUAUUUUAAUUAUGUGAACAGUGUUGUGUAUAACGAAUGUUUCACGGAAAAUGAUAACAGUCAAAAAGAGAAUGGAGUCAAAGAUACAGCACACACACACAAGAUGGAAAAAAUAAUUGACGAAGAGAAAACAAAGGAAAAAAGCAAUAAACUAUUUAAUAAUGAAGAAGAAGGUGUAGCCUCAGAUAGUGCAGUUACACAGAAUAUAUAUGAUACAUGCUCUACGUAUACUGAUUUUAUAAUAGAUAAGUGUAAGGAUAAUAUAAAAAAUGAUGAAGACACAUUUGAAAAUACUUGGUAUGUUAAAGUAAUAUAUGAGUUGUUGAACUGUACAAAAAUCAUGCUUGACUGUUCAUGGGUAACGUCAAUUAUAACAACAACUGCUUUUAUGAGAAUAAUUAUUUUGCCCUUAACAAUAUCAGCUGAAAGGGAUAGAAGAAAACAACAAAUAUUGAAUCCUUUAAUAAAAGAAUUAACAAAUAAAUUAAAAACAAAUGCCCAAAAUGGAAAUAUUAAAAAAGCAUUAGAAUUUAAAAAAAGAAUUUUGAAUAUAAGAAAUACUCAUGGUAUAUCUUUAAUACCUAAAUCAAUUAUAUUAAUGGCUUUUUUCCAAACUCCUUUAUUUUUUAUUUUUUAUUUUUCUAUGAAAAAAAUAGCAUCACAUCCUGAUGUUUUUAAAGAAUUUACAUUAGAAUCCCCAUUAUGGUUAGACAGCUUAUCUUUACCUGACCCCUAUUAUAUUUUACCUUUUUUGUCUUCUUUAUUAUUACUUUCAAAUAACGAAUUAACAGCACUGAUUGAUAAAAAUUUAAGUAGUAAUAUAUCGAAUAGUACGUAUAUAAGCGGAGCAGGGGAAGAAACCGAUUUUCAAAAAAAUAUCAGAAAAAUAUCAAAGAUAGGCAUUAGAUUAUUUUAUAUAUCUUCAGCAUUCUUUUUUAAGUCUAUGCCCUCAGGAUUAUUUAUAUACUUCAUCACCAACACCUUUUUUCAGUUAUUAAUAACCCAAACAUGUAAAAUUAAAGUUAUUGAGCGAUUCUUAGAUCUACCUCCUUUACACUCCAAAGGCUUGUCAUUUCAAAAGAUGGAUGACCAUACCAACAUUAAGAGAAAAAAAAGUGUUCAUAUAAAUGACUUAAUUCAAGAUUAA